GUUUUGUUGCAGCGGUAGAGACGUUGCGUAAAAACCGUUUUGGGCAUUCGGGAAUUUUUAAGUUCCGGCAGUUGAAUGUGAUACUCGUGUUGUUGGUUUAGACGGAACUGUAUGGAUGUGGAAGUGUUGAGAUUUGUUUAAUAAAACGUGUAUAGUUCUCAAAAAUAAUUAAAAUGGCAAUACACGAGUUACGAUGUGAGUUGGAAAAGUAUUUGGAAAGUCUGAAUAUUCAGACUGUCUGCGUGGACCAUCCACCGGUAUUCACUGUGGAAGAGAUGAUGCCGCACCUACAAGGUCUCAGUGGGGCAGUCACAAAGAACCUCUUCCUGAAAGACAAGAAAAAAAAGGGCCUGUGGCUAGUGUCUGUCCGCCAUGACCGUGUGGUCAACCUCAACGACCUGGCUAAGAAACUAGGUUUGGGCAGUGGCAACCUACGCUUUGCUGAAGAGGCAGCCAUGGUGGAUAAGCUGAAGGUGAGCCAAGGCUGUGCUACAGCCCUGGCACUCUUCUGUGACAAAGACAAUAUGGUAAAUGUGGUCCUUGACAGCGACCUGGUUAAUGGAGGCCAUGAGCUCGUUUACUUCCAUCCAAUGACAAAUGCAGCCACGAUGGGACUGAAGCCAGACGAUCUAAUUAAAUUUUUAAAGGAGACAGGACAUGAACCAGUUCUUCAGUGUUUUGACUAAUAAAUGUUAAGAUCUUAUCAGAUGGGGAUUUUGGUUAAGUACAAUUAUUUAUUCACCUUUGUUGCCUUGGCUUACCAAGAAAGUUGCAUUAACAAUGUGCUAACUGUAAGAUGUCCAUGGAUGAGAUAUUGUUUAUGAUGUGCAUGAUUGAAAGAUAAUAUCAUUGUUUGCAUACCAUUUUUUAUGAGAUCUAGUAAUUCUUAUACUAUUUUGACACACGGAGUUCUGAUGUGUAUUAAAUUAUAGAUCUGAUGAUAGAUUAAAUCUGCAGUGUAUUAAAUCUGAUGAUAGAACAUUGAUUCUCCAUGGAGGUGGUUCAUAAAACUUGGUGUAGACUUU